AUGCGCACCGCUCGGAGAUGCCAAUAUUCCCGCUCCGCCAUUCGCGCGUCUCGAGGUUCGGCGUCGCGUCGCUCCGUCGCCGUGAACGUCGCGGCGGAACCCGCCAAGGCCAUCGAGCCCGCGCCAGCCCCGAACCUCCUGCAGCGGGAACAGUACCCUCCCCAUCUGCGUUGGCCCGAAACUCUCUACGACGAGGCCCGGGUCGGCGGCAAGAAGGAGUUCGACGCGCGUCUCGCCGACGCGUCUGCGGUGAUCCACGCGUGGGCUGAGGCGGUCGAGGGCGGGGAAUGCGAUACGGUCAGCGAGGAGGCUUCCGAAGCCGCGGAUUGGAUCCGGCAGGCGCUCACGAUGAAGAUCGAACUCGGCGACAAGGACCUCGCGGUGAAGCAGUCGAAGGCCGCGGGGAACUCGGGCGAAAACCAGAGCGACCUGGUGCUCAUGGCGCAGUACGGCAGCGUGCACGCUCUCCUCGCGCUGCAGGCGAUGUGCCACAAGAACAGCGUCGUCUGCGGCCGCCUCGUCAAGGGCGACGACGUCUUCAAGAUUGUCAAGGAAACGCUCGAGCACUCGCCUUACGACCAGGUGCGAUGCGCGGCGAUGUCCCUCGCGUCGUCGAUCCUCGGGUUCAACGAGGAGACCCACAAGAUUGCCGCCAAGAACACGAUGGGCGUCCUGGUCACCCAAGAGCUCGCGCGAUGGUGCAACGUCGACGACGACGGCAACGCGACUUGCAACUUCGAGGUUGGCUUCCGGGACCUGAGAGGGAUGGACACGUGUGACCACGCCAGCGUCGCGUUACGGUACCUCAGCGCAAACGCCGCGAACCACAACAUGCUCAAGAAGAUGGGGUGCGUCGAGCUGCUCCUCAACCUCAUGGCCGCGAGGCCCGAUUCGUCCGUUCGUAUCAACGCCGCGGUCUGCGUCGCCGACAUCGUCGGCAGAGACGAGAUGGACUCAAGGAUCCAGAGCGACCCCACGAUCGUGGAGGAGACCCUCUCGGCGCUGGAGGCGAUCCUGGACGGAAACGCGGCGGACUCGGGAAUCACGUUCGAGGCGCACGAGCUGAUCCAGGGCCUCGCCAACCUCGCCAACGUCGACGCGACCAAGCGUCGCUUCGCCGACGCCGGAGCCGUUCCGCUCAUCACCCGCGCGCUGCUCGAGCCGCAGUACAAGUGGGACCUCGUGAUGCUGCACUCGUCCGCGGCGAUUUGGAACCUGGCUUUCGACGAGUCCAUCCGGGAGGAGAUUAAGGCGUGCCCCGGCGCGCUGGACGGGCUGGAGGAGGCUAACAAGGUUGGGUCGGAGAUGACGAAGGCCAAGGCGAGAGGCGCGCUGUGGAUGAUAAACUCUGACGCCGAGGAGGCUGUGGACCACAAGAUCAGCGAGGACAAGGUCAAGCUGCUGACGAGCGGCGGAAGCACGGCGGCGACGCAAGUCAUGCUGUCGUAUGAGUGGCACUCGCAGGCGCAGGCGAAGGCGCUGAGGGACGAGCUCGUCGAGGAGGGGUUCACGGUUUGGAUGGACGUGGAUAGGAUGAUGGGCAGCACGUUGGAGGCGAUGGCGGCGGCGAUUGAGUCGAGCGACGCGAUCAUCAUGUGCGUCACCAACAGGUACAGGGAGUCGCAAGCGUGUCGCACGGAGGCCGAGUACGCGUACACUCGCAAGAAGCUCAUGAUCCCCGCGAUGCUCCAGAAGAAUUACAAGCCCGACGGGUGGCUCGGGAUCCUCAUGGGCAGCAAGCUCUAUUACAACAUGCAUAACCAGGAGGACAUUCGGAACGCCAUGCCCGCGAUCAAGGCGGAGGUUGCAAAGUCCAUGGGGGAGAAGAAGGCGAUCGGCGGUGAGAUCGACGGCGCCAACGGCGCGGCGCAAGCGACCCCGAACCUUUCGAGCCAAGCCGCGUCAAAGGAGAUCAAGGUGCCCGACAACAAGGACACCAUGACGCUGUGGCUGGAGAACCACGGGUUGGGGCAGUACAGCGCCGCGUUCAAGAAGGAGCACAUGUACGGCAAGGCCCUGCUGAAACUUCACGAGGAGAUCGGGCACGGGGACCCGGAGAAGGCUACGUAUCACGAUCUCUUCCAGAGCGUCCUCGGGAUAACGUCGUACGGUCACCGACUCCUCUUUCUCGCCGAGCUGGAAGAGCUCAUCGGCCCGAUCAAGUGGAAGAGACGGUAG